GAGCUUCGCCUUUCAACGCGAUUAUCUGCACAAAGGAAAUGAUAUUCCCUGCCACAUGUGAGAGAAGGUGGAGGCGGGCCCCACCUUUUUUUUAAUUGCUGCGGAGCUCGACACCCCUAGGGUCUGUGCACACCUGUACGAGGAGCUCGGUUCUAUUGCCAGUCCAUGUUAGUCUUCGUUUUGGCAUCAAAAUGGAGUAAUUAUUGGACAGCCAAUAAUAUCCGCUGGCGCCGUAAUUUAAAUCCAUCACUUUCGCUACCUGCGAGAGUUGACUUAAGAUAAACUUUCGUCACAGAUUCUUAAUUGGUAUUCUUUACUAUUUUUUAUAAUGAGUAUUCAUUUAUACAGAGAAAUGGAUCGUUGAGUAAAGUCCCUCCAUGUAAGAGAAUCUUUUCAUUUCCCUCUCUUCAUCAUUCAUUUAUGUGUAAAAACUCGUAUAUACAUACAAUACAACCGUAUUUUGUUGAAGCGCGGCUGCUUUUGUUCUUUUCUGCUUCUCAGGUGCAUUAUCACUACUGGAACUAUAUUUUUUUGUUCUUUUUUAUGCAUUAACUUGCCUAUUUUCGUAAUUUUGUCUGGGACAUUAUAUUUCUGUGUUUUUCUUUUUAUUGGGAUCACAUUCAAGCCUUUCUUGAGAUCUAAAGUUGAAUUAAAAUGUUUGUGUGAAAUAAAAGACGAGAAUGAUUUUAUAUUUUUCAAAUUCUUUGGUGCUAAUGAGAUGAUAAGUGUUUACCUCGAUUUUUGUACCUUCAAUAUGGCCGAUGAUACCUGUUCCUUUCAUGUCCCUGCAAGCUUUUGUCCUGCACACUUGGACAAAAGUUGGAAUGGCACAAUGUGUUGACUUUUACAGAGGGAGAGGUACAACACAAGCCAUUGGAUUAGAAGACAUGUAGCCUCGUCGUGACAGUCCACCUUUCAUCCGUUGUAUCAUAGGCUAAGUGCAUUUAUGGGCAUUUAAUGUUUUUGAAAUACCGCCACCUUAAAGCCUAAGUCUGACCUCCGAUUCAUAGACCGACAAUUUGACAUUAAAGUGACUGCUGAAGUGAGUUGUCACAUCACGUAACCGUUUGACAGAUUUGUAUGAAAAAUCUGCCUAGGGAGAUGUGAAUUGGAAGAUUCUUUCUGUGAACGAGAGGCUGGAAACCUUGUAUAUCUUCUCUGAAGUGUGGUUUCACUUAGCCUCGGUCAUUGGAGGGUCGGCCUCAAGCUGCACCUCGCUGAGGCGGUCCAUUAACUCAACUACCAGAUGCCUCGGCUCAAUGGGGCAUCAGUUUAGGCGUUCUUGGCUACUAGGCAGGGAUGACGUGGAGUGUCCCUGGAGACUUUGUUUAGUGGGUUGCCACAUGGUUGAUGAUUUGGCGCCUCUUUAGAAAAGGCGUAACGAUAGGGACUGAACGGGAGCUGGAAUAUGUAAACCCCAUAUAAUUUCGUUUUGAAUUACUGGAAAACCCAUUGUAUUAAAUCUAGAAAUUAAGAUCAGUUGAGCAACGACAACUUGUUUACACAAGGAUGCUUCUCUUAUCUCUAGAAGUGUGAACUGAAAUUAUAAGCUUAAACUCAGUAAUUUAUUUGUUCACAAGUGCUUUUCCUUUUCGUGCUUGCGUUUAUAUUGGUGGUCAUUGACUGAUUUUGCUCCAGGUGAUUCAUAAUACUAGCUGAAUAAUUUCGUUUUAACAAUAUUUUGCUUCUUUGAAAGUUAGAGGGAAAGAAAUACUGUCUUCCAUGGUCAUAUUCAGGCAUAACUGAUAUUUGAUGGAUUACUGUGGGUAAUAGAAAUUUCCCAUCAAGUGUUACAUAUAAUAAAAAGAAUGAUAGGAUGCAGUCCUCUGUAGAUUAUUAGCCUGUGUUUUAUACUUCACAUUGUAUUGUGAUGAUGGUUCUAAUGUUAACUUGCUGUGAUUGCUUACAGUGGGGAUAUUAAAUAUGGCAUCUGAACUUGUGAAUUCUGCAACAAGUGACAAGCUUACUGAAAUGGAUUGGGCGAAAAACAUUGAGAUUUGUGAAUUAGUCGCAUGUGAUAACAGACAAGCUAAAGAUGUUGUAAAAGCUAUAAAAAAUUGCCUGGGAAGCAAAAAUUCAAACACUCAAUUAUUUUCAGUAUUGCUUCUUGAAAUGUUGAUGAACAAUAUUGGAGAACAUGUUCAUCAGCAGGUUAUAGACAUGGGUAUUCUUCCUAUACUUGUGAAAAUAGUUAAGAAAAAGUCCGAUCUUUGUGUAGGGGAAAAGAUUUUUCUUCUUUUAGAUGCAGCUCAGUCAUCUCUUGAUGGAAAUUCUGGGAGGUUUCCUCAAUAUUAUUCUGCUUAUUGUGAAUUGGUGAGUGCAGGAGUGCAAUUUCCUCGAAGUUCUUCUGACACCUCUAAACCUCAUUCUACAUUGGAGGUGAAUAAGAAUAAUUCAUCAGAUAAGCAGUCAGCUGCUCCUCAAUUUGAAAGAAAAGCACCCAAAAAUGUUUCUGUAUCAAGUAUACUUGAAAAAGCUGGCACUGCUUUAGAGGUCUUGAGGGACGUCCUUAAUGCUGUUGAUACUCAACGUUCUGAGGGAGCUAAGGAUGAGUUCACACUUGAUCUUGUCGAACAAUGUUCAUUUCACAAGCAACAAGUAAUGCAUCUUGCAAUGACCUCUAGGGAUGACAACGUGGUUACUCGAGCUAUUGAGCUAAAUGAGCAGCUUGAAAGAAUUUUACAAAGACACGAUGCCCUCAUUUCUCGUAGGACUACGCUCAUAUCAACUCACAUUGACCAUGAACAGGCAGGGGAAGAGGAAGAGGCUGAACAACUUCUCCGAAGGAUAAGAAAAGGAAAAGCUUGUCUACAAGCCGAGGAAGAAGACAGCCAAAGAGAUUUGCCAUUGAGAUUGAAGAGACCUUCUGUUCCUGGGGAAAUGCUUCAUCAUCCCCUCAUACGGCCACUAACUGUGGAACUGCCAAAUCGAGAACCUGUCCAGCCACCGACUAUGGAGCCAAUGCAAGAAACUGCACAGCCACCUACUGUGGAGCAAAAGCAAGAAGCCAAUGUGGGAAGACCAUUGGUUGCACUACCACCACCCCCUGCUAGACCUGUUGAGCGAGAGAGAUUCUUCCGUGAGAACAAGGUUGACGGUUCUGCUCUUAAUGGCCACAUGAGCUGCCUCACGUUACACAGUCGUAAUGUCAGCACUUCUCUAAACACAAGUAUUGAUUACAGUGACUGAGCAAAGAGUUUUUUCGUUUUUUCGACAAGCAUUUUCUGCAGUGCUUUUAAAAUGUUGGAUGGCAGAUAGCAGAGAGGAUUUACAGCUCAAUCCUUGAGAUAAUAGGUGUGAUUUAGAAGGGUACAUGGUGUUUUUAUUAUUAUCAGAAUCUUGAGUGCUGAUAUGAACUUGUAUUUGUAAGCUGACAAGGAUUUUAUUCGAACUACAGGUUUAUGAUAAAUUGCUGAAUUCAAAUUUUCAUUAAAGGCUGUUGGGUAAAA